CAACAAGUCUCCUCAUAAGUUCUGUCCUCCCCUGGAAUCAAGUCUCCUCAGCCUUCUGAGUCAGCCCGAGAGGGACAAGUACAAAUUCUAGUUUCAUCUUGGAACUCUGUGUUUUUAAUCUAGCAUGUCAAACUUCUGGAAUACCACAUCUACUUCCAUCAUUUUCCUCCUAACUGGUGUUCCCGGGCUGGAAGCCUUCCACAUCUGGAUCUCCAUUCCCUUCUGCUUUCUCUACAUAACCGCCCUCUCAGGAAACAGCCUGAUCCUCUUUGCCAUUGUCACCCAGCCCAGCCUCCACAAACCCAUGUAUUAUUUCCUCUCCAUGCUGUCCACCACUGACCUCGGCCUGUCCAUAUCCACCCUGAUCACCAUGAUGGGUAUAUUCUGGUUCGAUGCCAGGGAGAUCAGCUUUAAUGCCUGCUUGUUACAGAUGUUCUUUAUUAAACUCUUCACUGUCAUGGAAUCCUCAGUGCUGUUGGCCAUGGCCUUUGAUCGUUUUGUGGCCAUCUCUAAUCCACUCAGGUAUGCCACCAUUUUAACUGAUUCCAGAAUAGCUCAAAUUGGAGUGGCAAUUGUCAUCAGAGGGACACUAAUGCUGACACCAAUGGUUGCACUUCUUAAAAGACUGUCCUUCUGCCGCAGCCACGUGCUUCACCACUCCUACUGCUUCCACCCUGAUGUGAUGAAGCUCUCAUGCACAGACACCAGGAUCAACAAUGCAGUUGGAUUGACUGCCAUGAUCUCUACUGUUGGUGUGGACUCAAUCUUCAUCCUCCUCUCUUACAUUUUGAUUAUUAAGACCGUCCUCAGCAUUGCAUCCCCAGAAGAGAGGAAGAAAGCCUUCAGCACAUGUAUCUCCCAUAUUGGGGCUGUUGUUAUUUUCUACUUUCCAUUGAUCAGUCUGUCCUUUGUUCACAGAUUUGGGAAACGAGCCCCAGCCUAUGUUCAUACAAUGAUUGCUAACACUUACCUCCUGAUCCCUCCUGUAAUGAACCCCAUCAUCUACAGUGUGAAGACCAAACAAAUACGCAGAGCUGUGAUAAAAACUAUCUAUUCCAAAGAGACAUAGAAUUCUAGAGAUGGCCUAACACUAUCAAUUUAAAAACAAAGCUGAUGAUCAUGAAACAAAAACUUAGAAUUAAAGCUGGAAUAUAUUUAGAACAUCAGCUCAACCCUUUAUUUUACAGAUGAAGAGACAGAGACAUAAGAAUAGAAGGAAUGAGCAGUAUGAAGCCUUAAGUCUAUCAUUUCUCCCAUCCAUCACUGUUUGUUCUAAACUGUUGUUUAUUCUGCCAACAAACUGAAUUUUCUGACUUUGUCUACUUUAGAGCAGUUGGUAUGACACAUUAUGAGAAAGCCAUAUCUUUAUGAGAAAUAGGCAGUAUUUUUCUAAAUGCAAUAAUAAUUUUUACUAACAUUUAUUAUUUCCCUUGACUAGUCAUGGUUUGCAUUUAUUAACACACAUCUGAAACAACAUUAAAAGGUAGUUAGUUCUUUGAUCAAUGAGAAAAUUGAGGCACAAAAAUAUUAAGUUUCUUGCUUAAACAGCUCAUAAACAACAGAACCGUAUUUCACAUGCAUGCAAACUUAUUCCAUGGUCCCCCAACUCUCUUAACUUUAGCUAUGUUGCUACCUAUAAUAUAAA